CCCCCUUCUUUUCGCGACUUUAUCUCGACGUUUCGCAUAGCCAACAAAUAUUCACCUUAGUCGCUCCCGGUCUCAGCUCCGACCGUCGUCAUCGUUCGCCCCAUACCUGCUCUGAGCAAAUCGGGCGGUUAAUAUCUUCCACGAGAUACCAACUUGACAACUGAUCUUGACCCCAUUUCCCGGGCUCAGAUCCACUAAAAUCUGCGGUAGUGACGAUGGCCUCUGCCCACCACCAGCCUCCGCCGCCAUAUCCACUUCCACCCAUGCAACAGAGCGAGUUCCGUCUACCUUCUCUCAAAGACUUGAACUUCGCGUACCGUCCCCCUCCCACUCACUCGCAAGAACAGCCCCCAUCUUCCAUUGGGCCCGCUCAAGUAGAGCAUUCUACUCCCCUUCAAAACCACAUCUCGCGUCAUGAAUGGAGUCGUGGUACACCCGCACCUGCGCCGUCACACAGCAUACCUCAGCAUCAUGCACCCCCGACCGGCAGCGUCCACGACCACCCCUUGCCGCCUCGACAAGAGUCUCAGAACUACGGAGGUAUGCCGCCACCCGCGAGCUCUGCCAAUCCUUUGACGCCCGUGAGGGACGAGGGCACCCAGCGUUUAGGACCGCUUCCCCGCUCGGGACCUCCGAUGAAGAGCAGGGAAUUGACCCUAGGCGCUUUGCCUCGGACAUCCCACCACGCCUACCAGUAUGCCUCCCAGGGCUCUGCGCCUUACCCUGUCCAGCAGGCGCCGUCUCCCCAUGAACAAACGCAGCAUCAUCCUCACCCCUUCGGCGUUUCACAACAGGGCUACGCUCCCGACCAGUUCAUGUCUCACAGACAUUCGUCUGCUUCUGCGCCCUCUCCAACGCACUCAAGCUAUCAGCAACAACAACAGCACCAGCAUCAUCAACAGCACCAGCACCAGCACCAGCAACCGGUGCCAUCUGCCAGUCCGUAUCCAUCGGGUCCAUCCCAGAGCCAACAACAGUGGCAACAACAUCCUCAUCCUUCGCACCAGCACCAGCAUCAACAACCACCACCUCAGAUCGCAAAGCCUCAGAGUCAUCAAUCGACGCCCCCCGCGGAACCUAUCUCGUUCACGAAGGCUAAGCCCUUGGUUCCUACCACUGUCGAGCCGCGUCAUAGUGCUCCGUCCCCUCGUAUACCUCCCCCGGAUCAAGGUCUGGGUCCACGUCAUAACACGCUUUCGGAGUUGCAUACACGUUGUAGCACGUUGUACAACUUUGCGGCAAGAUGUGCGCAAUUGCAAGUCACUCUGCCUCAUGUCCAACCGACGACGACGGAGCUGGUCGAGAUGUCUCGCCACGCGAGUCAUAUCCUCGACCUUUUGCAGGAUCUCGCUCGUCUUUCCCAAAUCGAGACCAAGCCCUUCCCCGAUCCUGGCGCCAACAACAGCGCAGUCACUUUGCCUCCUCCGGCCUCUACCGGGAAUGAGGAGAACCGGCCUCCUAAGCGCCCGUGGGAAGAUAUGUCGAACGACAAGACCGCUACAUUGGAAGUGAGCACUUCCGCAGAGCAAACAGCAGCCGAGGCAGAUAUGGCUCUGAUCCGCACGAAACGGGCCUCGACGUCCGCUACAAAUGGCCCCGGACAACAGAAGACGAAGUAUCGGAAGAGAAGCCGCGCCACACCUCCUGGGAAGUGCCACUCUUGCAAUAUUCGAGAGACUCCGGAGUGGAGGCGUGGACCCGACGGAGCGAGGACGUUGUGCAAUGCCUGUGGUCUGCAUUACGCCAAAUUGAUGCGCAAGCGCGACAAGGUCGGGCCCGACGGCAAGCCUGCCCAGAUCGACCUGGAGACGCUCCGCGCAUCUACUCGCAUGGCUGACGCUGGUUCCUCUAACGGUAGCACUGUCAACGGUAACCCUUCUCCCUCCGUACCGCCUCCCAGCUCCUCCACUGCACCUCCGGAACAAGCGGUACCAUCGCCCACGACCGCUGGCCCGAGUCCCAUCCACCUCCACCCCCAGCAGCCGCAGCAAUCCCAGUCUCAGCUCCCUCCACCUCCCGGACCUUCUGGUCAGACCUCGAAACCGUCGCAGAUGGUCUUACCUUCAUAUCAUAGUAUGAUUAUUCCUCCUCAGGGUGGUGGGCCAGGAGGUGCACCGAUGCUUCCUGGACCGAGCUCGAUGACGCAUCCUUCGCCGCACCAGCAGCAUCAGCAACAUCAGGCACAACAGGCGCAGUUGAUGCCACCGCCACCGCAUAUACCUGAGGGCCCAUUGGGUAGUCACUUGUGGGGCCAUGGGCAGAUGCAUGGGCCUGGUCAACAUGGCCAGGGUCAAGGCCAAGGGCAUAUGCAGCAUGGCAGGACGUAUUCGCAGGACCAUUCGUCGUUUAUGAGGCCUGCGCAUCAGGCUUCGCAUGCGAGGGCUUCGCCGCAUUGAGGUUGAGGCCCUGAGGUGUAGUGGUGAAGUGACGUUCGAGGUCUUCGAGCUCUAAGUUCUAUGUCCUAACAUUGCAUGCAUACGCAUAAUUCUAUGUCAUCGACGUCAGAUCCAACUCUUAAUUCUGUCGUAUCUAGCAUGUUCUCUCGCCUUCGUCUAUCAUAUGCUGCUUCUCUUUCUCCUUGGUCAUUAUUCUUUUUUCUCUUCGUUCAAUCAACGAAUCUUAAUCAUCCAUUCGUCAUUCAUCAUUCACCAGUUCAUCAGCCUUCUCGUCAAUCCCAUUUUUUGUCUCUCCUGUCGAUCCCCAUGAUCUCGCAUCCCCAUCCAAAAGACUCCAAGCUCGCUCUAUGCUCGUUUUAAUCUGUACAAUACCCUGCACUUCCGUUCUCCCCGCUUUGUUCGAUCCCGUUCUUCCCAUCCCCACAAUUGCAAUUUCUUUCUCUCAUGCUCUGCUCUUUUUGCCGGUUGCCUCUUGAACCUCAAGCUCUGUUGCAGCAUUGGAUCUUUUCCCCAUUCGCAAUUGCAUUAUACAUAGUCUGGCUUUCGUUACCGUAUUGAGUAUCGAGUAUACUGUAUAUUUUC